GAGUUUUUUAAACUUGAUUUUCUUAUUUUUAUUGUUAAUGAGUUAGCGAUAACCUGUAAGUUAUGAUAAGGCCCAAGUUAGAGGUUAUUUGGUACAGAAUUUCUCGUGGUUUCCAUUGGUUUCAAUAGAAGGGUUUUCUAUUGUAAUUCACUAUGCAUAAUUCAAUUAGUGUACCUAAACAAAUUCCUCUUAUUUUGGUGAACGACGUGUUGCUCCCAGGUUCAACUUUAAAAAUAACUGUGACAAGUAGUUCAACUUUUUCACUUUUGAAGAAUUUGCUGAACUCCCACAAUCUUGCCAGUGUUAUAGUUGGGAUCGUACCUAGUGAUGAUGCGGAGACGCUGAACAAGAUAGCGACGGCUGCAGCGGUGACCCACGUGUCGGUCACCAACCACCCGCAGCCGUCCUGCGUGCUGGUGCUGACGGGCCUGUGUCGCAUCGCCAUCAGGAGGGUCGUCAGCGACAGCCCGCACAUCACCGCCCAGGUCCAGCAGCUGGACAACCAGGUCGACGGUGACGAUGAGGACGACGACCCGGGACUGCAGGAGCUGGUAGAGAAGCUGCGAGCCGCCGUCUCGAGGCUGCUGCAGAUGAUGGACCCCAACAGCAGCACCGUCAGCAAGCUCAAGAAAAUGCUGAACGUGCUGCCGGGGUCGCUGCUGGCGGACCUGGUGGCGUCUGCCGUCCCCACGUCGCGGGCGGACAAGCUGGCAGUCCUGGAGACCGUGGACGUCGAGACCCGAGUCAAGCUGCUCCUCCGACUGCUCGGCAAGUAUACCACAGACGCGGAGAAGGGGGCGGGCCCGGGGCUCCGCAGCGGGGCGGGCCGGGUGCUGCUGCAGCGCUCGCCCGCGUCGCUGCACGACAAGCGACAAGGGGCCAGCGACGAACUGGCCGAGCUGGAAGAAAACCUCCGGAGGGCUCGGCUGCCGCCCCACGCGGACAAGGUGGCCCGGCAGGAGCUGGAGCGCCUCAAGAGGAUGUCGCAGAUGAACCCCGAGAGCAGCGUCAUCAGGAGCUACGUGGAGCUGUUCGCCGAGCUGCCCUGGGACAAGGCCUCCUCCGACAGGCUCGACCUGAAGAAGGCCAGCGCGGACCUGGACUCGGACCACUACGCCAUGAAGGCCCUGAAGAAGCGUGUGCUGGAGUACCUCGCCGUGCGGCAGCUCAAGAACAGCCUGCGUGGCCCCAUCCUGUGUUUCGUGGGGCCGCCCGGCGUGGGCAAGACCAGCGUCGGUCGCUCCAUCGCCGGCAUCCUCGGGAGGCAGUUCCAUCGAAUAUCGCUGGGUGGCGUGUGCAAUCAGUCUGACAUCCGAGGCCACCGGCGCACCUACAUAGGGGCCAUGCCGGGCCGUAUAAUUCAAGGGCUUAAGAUAGCGGGCGUCAACAACCCUGUGAUGCUGCUGGAUGAGAUCGAUAAGCUGACGAAGGGCUUCAACGGGGACCCGGCCGCGGCGCUGCUGGAGGUCCUGGACCCGGAGCAGAACUGCUCCUUCGUGGACCACUACCUGAACGUGCCCUUCGACCUGUCCCAGGUGCUCUUCAUCGCCACGGCCAACACCAUCAAGACCAUCCCGGCCGCCCUGCUGGACCGCAUGGAGCUGGUGCACGUCUCCGGCUACUCCCAGGAGGAGAAGCUGCACAUCGCGAGACGCCACCUGCUGCCCAAGCAGAUCCUGGAGCACGGCCUGACGGGCGACCUGCUGCAGGUUCCCGACCCCGUCCUGGCGGGCAUCAUCUCAGGGUACACGCGCGAGGCCGGGGUGAGAUCCCUGGAGCGCAAACUGGGGUCCCUGUGCCGCGCCGCUGCAGUGAGAGUGGUGCAGGCGAAGACUGAGCCCAGCUCUGUUUCUCUUCCGGUCGUCAUCGACGCGGCAGAACUCGAAAACAUCCUAGGGCCGGCCAUCUUCCUGGACAGCGAGCUGUGGUCGCGGGUGGGGCAGCCCGGCGUGGCGGUCGGCCUGGCCUGGACCGCGGACGGGGGCUCCGUCAUGGCGGUGGAGGCCAGCAAGAUGGAGGGCAGCGGGGAGCUGGUGCUCACCGGCCAGCUGGGCAGCGUGCUCAAGGAGUCUGCCCAGCUGGCCCUCAACUGGGUCCGCACCGCCGCCUCCCAGUACGGCAUCAAGCUGGACGGGGAGCUGCUGCUGAGCCUCGACACGCACAUCCACUUCCCCAAGGGCGCGGAGGGCAAGGACGGGCCCUCGGCGGGCGUGACCAUAGCCACGGCGCUGGUGUCGCUGUUCGCCGAGCGCCCCGUGCUGCCGGGGGUGGCCAUGACGGGCGAGAUCACCCUGCGCGGGAUCGUGCUGCCGGUUGGCGGUGUGAAAGAGAAGGUCCUAACAGCACAUCGUGCCGGACUUUCCAAGGUCAUCCUGCCCAAAAAAUGUGAGAAAGACCUGCAUGACGUUCCAGAUAAUGUCAAGAAGGAGCUGAGCUUCGUGUUUGUGAGCCACAUGGACGAGGUGCUGCAGGCUGCGUUCGAGGGGGGCUUCCACGCGGUCUCGCGCGGCCGGCUGGCCAGCAAGCUCUAGUGCCCGUGCGCAGCUCCACUGUUCAUUUAGUUCACACUGUCAGUUGUUGGGCAUACAUUUAUAAACUGUUGAAACUAAUAUAUGUAAGCUUUUUCAUGUAAUUGCAAUGCUGAUUUUGUUUGUAUGUAUAUUACACAAACAUUGUAAAGUA